AUGAUGAAGCUUUACUGCGUGAUCGUGAAUGGUGUUUUCCGUGGAAAUUGUUUCUCGGUGGAAGUGUCUGAGACUGGCAACGUGCUGGAUUUGGUGAAGGUGAUCAUUAACGCGAAGGCAGUACAGUUGGGUGGCGCGGAAGCGGACGACCUGAGACUCGUCCUGGCGAAGAAUGGCGACGGAUGGCUGGACUGGGCUGACGCGAUACAAGUGCCACUCAAUGACCGCCAGCACCCGCAAGGAUUUGAGGUGAUGAAUUCCUUUUUGCCACUCAAGGACGACAAGUACUUUGGAGGUGACUUUCAGACGGGCAAUUGCAAAGUCCACGUGCUGGUGGUG